CCUCUGCUCGUCUGGGCAUGUCCAUCAAUCAUAUGUAAUGCCUGAAGAUUGUCCAUGUUGCAUUGACUGACUUAACACACGCCGGGACGGAAUGCUUCAUGUUUCACAUUGGGGCCCCAUUGCUUGCACUUGCUUGCAAUUGCACGACAUGGAAGCCAUUGAACAACACAAAUCAAAUCAACCGAUCUGGUCCCUGCUCGCUACCACGCUCCCUGGGAUACCCUGGCGACGCCCCAUCCGUUGGCGCCAACGUCCCCUCCACCACGCCCUAAGCAACCUUCCCCAAUUUGUCCCCCUCGUGACGAGACCCUUCCAGACUGCUGGGUGCGGAACAGGGCAGUGGGCGAAAGUGGGCUCUGGGGAAAGCUUCUCAACCUCCAUGCUCCAUCAUCUCCAACACCACUCUCAAAAGGGAUUUGUUGUUUACAUACCAACCAUUUCAUUAUCAGCUCAAUUCGGGUGUGAACGAACGGAUACACGACAGGGUGACCUUGACGCUCUCGUCCCACCCCGGAAGACACCGGUCUCGAAGCACUCCAAGCAAACAGCCUUCGCAUCUGUCAUUAUUCCCCUUUCUUUGUCUCGACGUUGUAGUGAACCAUCCGACAAAUCUAGCGCAAUAUCGCCAACUGACGCCAUUGCCGUUGUCUUAUCUGCCGCCGUCUCAGCGCGAGCUGCCCGUUGUUUGGCUCUCUCCCCCAUACCGGGCUGUUAAAUAACAAGCAGGGAUCUGCGAUAAGCCUGUCACUCUUCCACUUACGGCCUCGACCCUCCUCCCUGCCCUGUCUCUCUUCAUCUCCCCCAACACCACCUUACUACAACACUACCCCUACCCCCUCACCUCACCACCCUUUGGCACUUCACCCUCCCCUCACUCUUCGCCUGGGCCGUGCCGGUUCCCUUCAUUCCAUUGACAACCUCGUCUCAAUUGUCUUGGAUUCUCCCGUCUCUGUCUUUGU